AUGUCUGCCGUUGGCUCAAUGGCGAGCCCAAUCGCAAUUGGGUUUGUAUUCCCAAUUUUGGGAGGGAUCUUGGUGGGUUCAAGAUUCUAUAUCCGCUACCACCAGAAUGUUGAUUUUGCUUAUGAUGAUUGGAUGUCUCUAGGUGCUUGGAUCUGCACUACCUGUUCGUGCGCUUCUCUUCUUGCUGGUGUCUUCAAAAUGGCUUUCGGAAUGGAACCAGUCUCUCUUCCUGAGAUGGUCACUGAACAAGAGCGUAUUCUUGCCCAUGUAACCGGCUCCCUCGAUAUCUUCUGGAUCGCAGCAAUUUUCCUCACAAAGCUAACAAUCAUGACCCUUUAUCGCCGCAUAUUCAUCGGAAAGAUAUUCAUCAUCUGCAGCAACGCCCUCAUUGGGCUCACUAUCGUAUGGUUCCUGUUUGCAGUCUCCUCCUGGCUUUUCUACUGUGGUUUGCAUCUAAAACAGAACUUUGAAGGCGGCUGGUUGGUUUGCCCCUUGUGGGGAUUCGAAAUUCAAUUUGGCGUGUUUGUGCUGAAUAGUGUCAUUGAUCUCUGCAUAUUAGUGCUACCGGUUCGAUCGGUCUCGAUGUUGCAAAUGAAGACGCAGAAGAAGAUUCAUCUCCUCGUUGUCUUUCUGCUGGGUGGCUUUUCCUUUGUCGCGGGUAUCAUCAAUACUGUGGUACAAAUAGUCUAUCUAACCAAUGAUUCACGAGUAGCAAGCGGUAGCAACAGACAUCUUUACCAAGGUUCGUCUCUACUAUUCUCAAACUGGCCAGCCAUAGAAAUUGGCGUCGGAUUAAUCACAUGUAAUCUCCCCUCCGCCUUCCAAGAAAUGAAUCACACUAUAUCGAAGCUUUUUCGCAGAAUGUUUACAAUCCCAUGGGCGAAGGUUGAUGCAGCUGCAGCGGUGGUUCCGCUCAGAUCAAAUGCAGCAGCAGACGGAGUUUGGGUGGAUAUACCGCUGGAUGAUUUGGAUAGCAGAGGCAGAGGCAGAGGCGGAGAAGUACAAAGGUCCUGA